UGAAGUUGAUAAAGAUGGUGAAGGAAUGCAAUGGCUUUCUGGAAGAGCUGCAAAAGCUUCUUGACAAACGUGAGGAGCUCUCGAUAGAUUUGCUGAGAAUAGAGAGUCGCAUGUUUAAGCUUGAACAAAAUGAACUUCUUAAGCACUUGGAGUUAGGCACUACAAAAACUGGAAACACGAAGCAUCGACGUCCAGUUCGCAAGACGAUGAAACCCUCGCAAAAACUCAUGGUUUUCUCGAACACUUCAAAAACUACAAAAUUUGCUUGCGAGUUGGCGGAAAGAGUGGAGAAGUUCCGCUCCAAGAAACAUAAAAUGAGGGAAUCUGUUUCGUCCACCUCAUGUGGUUCAAGCGGCGACACAGAUCCAGAAACUGUGGGGAUUGCUGGCCUUGAGGCUGCUGCGAGUCGUGACGCUGAGCUGCGGGCGGCACAUCGCAAACAGUUCGAAGCUACGCGUCGCAUGAAGAAACGACACCAAAGCUGAUUUUCUUUCUUCCUACAUUCCACCUCAGCCACAACCUGCGUGAUCUUUCACAGUGCGUCGUGUCUAUAACAUUUUCUUGAGAAGACUCUGUUGUAUAAAAGAUUCAUUGUGCGCAAAGACAAGACGUGGCUACGGACGACGUCGUCAUCUGCCGAUCGAGCGCAGUCCCAUCCUUCUAACCUAUGCUGUCUCUUCCAUGC